AUGGGCGCCAAUGGAAGGGACCUAAGGCUGGAAUUGGUGUCAUUGGCGGUGGUGGUUGUGACGGCGUGCUUGUUAUCCCCUGGUAGUUGGCGGCAAAAUCGCUUUGUAUCUUGGCUGUUGAGCUCUAACAGCUCUUUUGAGAACAUCUACCAGCUUCUUCCCAUAUUACAAAAGAAUUCACGCGUUUUGUUUGUGGUUUUCAACGACCUGGCUAGCGCCAUUAACAGCGUAGCCGCUCCUCAUAAUGGAGACACGCCUCUUUCUAAGGAGUCAGUACGCUCACUUUUGAACCAGGAAUGGGUCCAGCUGAAGCUUCGUAAGGCUCAAGAUUCCGUGCUAUCCGAAUUUGGUUUGGACGCUGCUACGCUAGACAAGGCUAUUGACCGUUUUCGUAGUGAUGACCAGGUGCAGAUGUACAUCAAUGGCGUCGAGCUGAUGUACAAUGCCGUGCUGGAUGGCGGCUAUCCGCAGUGCCCUGGAGUCGAGCGUUGCGAAGGAGUUACCAAGCAGUUUGCUUUAUCGGUAGUGGAGAAGAUUGCAGCAGCUAAACAGCGCCUUGUACGCAUUCCUUGCUCAAGUGAAAGACUAGCGGACUCUGUGGAGGUGGAUGUGGUGUUCCGCGAAAUGCAGCGCUUUGGCUACACCACCCCGUUCGACGCUUAUAUCGCAUUCAAAAACGCAGAAAAUUGCUACUUGUAUGACUUCGCAUUCGUUCAAGCGCGUCAAAGUAUCUACAUGGGCUGCAAAUCCCCGUGUUCAGAGGCCGCAUCGAGCCACGACCCUGACGUUCCUCGUGUCACCGUAGAGGAAUUGCAACUGAUGCUGGAGACAAUGGACGCCGACGCACCAUUUUUCUUGUUGCUCUUUGAUACCGAACACUUGAUUCAAGAAUUUCUUUCCUUCGUAAAGGGUUCGGCAGAAUCUGAGCCGAAGGCAGUGGUCGCGUGGAUGUAUAGUGGCGACAGCACACCGGAAUAUAGCUGUGACCGCUACCCGGCUGCGCUCCGUUUCCGCGGCGGCAGAGUUGAGGAGGUAUUAUACGAACCGUCCGGGGUUGCCCCUUACGCGUGGCCCGCUCCCAGCCUUUGCGAGCACAAGAGUGCAUCCUAG